AUGCCUGAUGCUGAGGAUCUUGGUGAGGUUUACGCUGUUAUCGACAACGACUCUGCCAUUGUGAGGUGUGUCGGCUUCCUUUACAUGCGGAUGGUCAUUGCGCCCUCGCACUUGUGGGAGAAGCUAGAAGAGUACCUCUUCGACAAAAUGGAGCUUCAGUACGCGGAUGGGGGCAAGACCGUCACCACGACCAUAGGAGAGUACGUGGAAUCCUUGCUCAUCAAGGAUAAGUACUUCAAUUCGCCGCUGCCGCGCAUCCCAGUGAAGGUCCGGCAAACGCUGGACAAGGAGCUCGCGCCCCUGGCGCAGUACAGGAAGCGGAUGGACGCCAAUCGGGUAACCUUCAGAGAGGUCAAGAUAAAGGACGCGCCGGUAGAGGCUGUCGUGGAUGGCCGCUGGGUCUCUGGGCGGGCCAAGGAGUUGGUGGGCCGCCGCGUCGCGCGGAAGGUGCGUGUUCAGCUGGAUGACGGCGGCGAAGUCACGGUCCACCUGGGCAAGGUCGUCCUGAGAGAAGAGAGGAGCAAGAGCCGCAGCUGCAGCCGCAGCGGCAGCAGGGAGCGCAGGAGAAGUCGGAGUCGCAGCAACCGCCGCGAGCCGGACUGGUCCAGGUACAAGGGCAAGUCCGACAAGCAGAUGGUGGACGAGAUGCGCGAGAAGGCCAAGGAGGAGGCGGUGUGCGGCACGGGCCAGGUCUAUGCGAAGCGGCCAAAGGCUGCAGACUUUUACAUGGCGAUGCAGACUGGUGGGCCCACGCACGAGUCGCGGCUGAUAGAAGAGGACCGGGGGGCCCACAUCCGGCGCCCAAGGCCAGAGCACAAGUCUCAAGAGGAGCAGGAGCUGGACAAGCGCCUGGCCACUCAGAAGGAGGAGGAUCGCCAGAGAAAUAUGCGGAGCAUCUACGAGAAGUAUGGCUCCGCUGGCAAGACGGCGGCCCAAAAGGCGUCGACGCCAUCCGCUUCCUGGAACGACGUCGACAAGCCAGACACGCUCAGGCUGGGCUGA